AUGCAGCCUGCCUUACCCGCCAAUCACCGCGCCCUUGUGCUCGAAAGCCGUGACUCCGGCUGUCAGAUCAAGACCGUCCCGACCCCCCAGCCCGACAAUGGCAGCGCCGUUGUCCGGAUCGCUGUGGCCGGGAUCCUGCCCUACCAUCGCGAUGUCUACAACGGCAAGCGUCCCAAUCCUUUCCCCACGCCCCUGGUCGGGGGUUUCGGCGCCAUUGGCCACGUUGCCGCGGUCGGAUCCGACGCAACGGCACUGACUCCCGGACAAUUCGUCUACGUUGACUGUGUUAUCCGGGCCCGCGACGAUCCAGACGCCUAUUUCCUGACAGCCAUUUACGAGGGGUCCAGCAACGGCAGCAAAAGGCUGAUGCGCGACGUGUGGCGUAACGGCACGUUCGCCGAGUACGCCAAAGUGCCGCUGGAGAACUGCAUCCCGCUGGACGAAGCGAGGCUGUGUCGCGGGCUGGGCUACACCGUUCCUGACCUGAUGUACAUGGCGUAUAUGCUUGUUCCGUACGGCGGGCUCCGGGAUAUCCAGCUGGAGCCUGGCGAGACGAUCAUUGUGUGUCCCGCGACGGGAUUCUACGGCAGCUUGGGUGUGCAGAUGGCGGCCGCGAUGGGGGCGAGAGUGAUUGCCAUGGGCCGCAGUGAAGAGAAGCUAGCGAAACUAAAAGCGGAUGUCACCGAGAGGUCGCCCGGUGCGGAUAUUGAGACGGUCACGAUAACCAAUGACCCUGCUCAGGACGUGGGUGCGCUGCGGGCGUUUGGAACUAUCGAUGCCGUUCUGGACAUUACCCCCUCGAGUGCAUCUUCCUCGACGCAUACGAAGAGCGCUAUAAAGGCGCUCCGUCACGGUGGGAGGGUCAGUUUGAUGGGAUCUACCGCGAACAUUGGGGCUCCGGAGAUUAUGGUCAACAACAUCACAUUAAAGGGCAAGAUGAUGUAUCAACGUGAGGCCAUAGUGCAUUUUGUCAAGAUGCUGGAGCGGGGUCUGCUUCCCCUUGGUAAGGAUUGCAUGGAAACCAAGGCUUUCUCAUUGGAUAAUUGGGAGGAAGGCUUCGAUUAUAUUAUCAACAAGCCUUACGCCUUUCGGGCUAGCAUAUUCCUCUAG